AUUGUGAACCCAACCCAUAUUGGAAGGGAGAGCCAAUGGGAUUCGGUGAAGGAGUGAAUGUGACCAGUAAGAGAGAAGGCAAGGAUGAUGGCAAGGUUUUUGGCCUGAGCAUCUGUGGAACGAGGUAGUUGCCCAUUGGCUGGCGUGGGGAAGGCUGCAUGCAGGUGAAACAGGUUUGAGGUGGAAAUCUAGAGUUUGGUUUUGAACAGGUGGAAUAUGAGAGGAUAUGAACAAUCAGUAGGCAUUUGGAUAUAUGAGGCUGAAGUUCCCUGAGGAGGUCCCGGCCAGAGAUUGAGAUUUGGUCCUUGUGUGACCGAGUGAGCGCGCCUGGGGAGGAAGUGAGGAGUUCAUGGCACCAUUCAGCUCGGCCCCAGUUACCAGUCUUGGCUAAUCUGCCAAUCCCCUGCUUCCUGUCAUUGUGGCCUUUUUGAAUGGCAGCUUUGCAAGAGACUGUGGAUCAUCUCUCCUCCCUGGCUGUCAGGCUGUGGACCCUGCAUGGCAUCAUGAGCUCAAAGGAGGCCAUUCAAAUGCUGUGCUAGGUGUGGGCCGGCCCCCACCCCACCCUAAGUGACCAUGGAUCCUGGAGCCGGGCCAGAGUCAUCACUGACCGUCAAUGAGCAGGUCAUCGUGAUGUCAGGCCACGAGACCAUCCGCGUGCUGGAAGUUGGAGUGGAUGCCCAGAUCUCUGCUGAGGAGGAGGGCAAAGGACUGGAGGGUGUCGCUGCCGAGGGCUCCCAGAGCAGAGGCCCGGCCGAAGCCAGUGAACCCGCUGGUGAAGCUGGGCCAGACAACCCAGAUUCCUCUGCAGAGGCAACUGUGAAGUCUCUCCCGGGGAUCCCUCCGAGCCCUGCCCCUGCGGUUGCCACCUUCAGCCAAGCCCCAAGCCAGCCUCAGGCAUCGCAGACCCUGACGCCACUGGCUGUACAAGCUGCCCCCCAGGUCUUGACUCAGGAAAACUUAGCCACAGUUCUGACAGGAGUUAUGGUUCCAGCAGGGGCAGUUACUCAACCUCUUCUUAUCCCCAUCAGUAUUGCAGGUCAAGUGGCUGGUCAGCAGGGGCUGGCCGUGUGGACAAUUCCUACAGCAACCGUGGCUGCCCUCCCAGGACUGACAGCUGCUUCUCCUACGGGGGGAAUUUUCAAGCCACCUUUAGCCGGUCUGCAAGCAGCUGCCGUGCUGAACGCCGCUCUCCCGACACCCGUACAAGCUGUCCCGCCGGUACAGGCCUCCUCGCCCACGCAGCCCCGGCCAGCGGCCCAGCCCCAGACGCUGUUCCAGACCCAGCCGCUGCUGCAGACCACGCCGGCCAUUCUACCGCAGCCCACCGCUGCCACCGCUACUGCCCCCGUCCCCAAGCCAGUGGACACCCCCCCACAGAUCACCGUCCAGCCUGCAGGCUUCGCACUGAGUCCAGGAAUUAUCAGUGCUGCUUCCCUCGGGGGACAGACCCAGAUCCUAGGCUCCCUCACUACCACUCCGGUCAUUGCCAACGCCAUUCCCAGCAUGCCAGGGAUCAGCAGUCAGAUCCUCACCAACGCUCAGGGACAGGUUAUUGGAGCACUUCCGUGGGUAGUGAACUCGGCUAGUGUGGCAGCCCCAGCACCAGCCCAAAGCCUGCAGGUCCAGGCUGUGACACCCCAGCUGUUGUUGAAUGCCCAGGGCCAGGUGAUCGCGACCCUGGCCAGCAGCCCCCUGCCUCCGCCCGUGGCUGUCCGGAAGGCAAGCACGCCUGAGUCCCCUGCUAAGAGUGAGGUCCAGCCCAUCCAGCCCACGCCAGCCGUGCCGCAGCCAGCGGUGGUCAUCACCAGCCCAGCCCCGGCGGCCAAGCCAUCUGCCUCUGCUCCCAUUCCAAUCACCUGCUCUGAGACCCCUACUGUCAGCCAGUUGGUAUCCAAGCCGCAUACCCCAAGUCUGGAUGAGGACGGAAUCAACUUGGAAGAGAUCCGGGAGUUUGCCAAGAACUUUAAGAUCCGGCGGCUGUCCCUGGGCCUCACACAGACUCAGGUGGGCCAGGCUCUGACUGCAACGGAAGGCCCAGCCUACAGCCAGUCAGCCAUCUGCCGGUUUGAGAAGCUGGAUAUCACACCCAAGAGUGCCCAGAAGCUGAAGCCAGUGCUGGAAAAGUGGCUGAAUGAAGCCGAACUCCGGAACCAGGAAGGGCAGCAGAACCUGAUGGAGUUCGUGGGAGGUGAGCCCUCCAAGAAACGCAAACGCCGCACCUCCUUCACCCCCCAGGCCAUAGAGGCUCUGAAUGCCUACUUCGAGAAGAACCCGCUGCCCACAGGCCAGGAGAUCACCGAGAUUGCUAAGGAGCUCAACUACGACCGGGAGGUCGUGCGCGUCUGGUUCUGCAAUCGGCGCCAGACGCUCAAGAACACCAGCAAGCUGAAUGUCUUUCAGAUCCCUUAGGGCUCCGCCCCCGGCCCUGUGUUCCAGCACUUUGUACUUUUCCCUUGGCCCCUGGCUGCAGCCACUGCCGUGACGGCACCUGUCGUUCUGCCACGUGCGGCUGCGCUUGUCCUGGGGUCGUGAGACUCCACUGUGUGCAUGUGCGUUCACUGCCUCCCUCCUCUCCUCCACGUAGCUCACAUCACGGGGAGGGCAGAGGGGGCCCACCUGAGAGCUCCAGGCUCCGGGCCGGUCACGCCAAGGGACCCUUCCAUUAAGUGGUGUCACUUAAAGAAGCACUUUGCGAAGGUGGUUUUCGAAGGGUGAAUUCUGGUUGGGAACCAGAAGCUCCCCGUCUUUGGGGCAGGGCUGCGGCAGCCCCUAAGUACCACUGACCCUUAGCUCUUGUCUUUGAUGGCAUUCUCUCUCCACCCUCCCUUCCCCUGUGCUCCUCUGUGGAAGUGUCGCAGGUGCAGCAGCUCGCGCAGCGGAACCCCAGCCUCAACUCCCACCCUUUGCCUGCAGGCACCCUGUCCCCGAAAGGACCCAAGGGGCACAGUUCUGAAAAGUGUGACGAGCUGCUCAGCAGGUCAGGCUCAGUGUCUGCCUUGCCCUCGAGGUCAGAAGGUUCUCGCAGCCCUGGGGCCAGAACAUGUGAUCCCUGCUUCCUUUGGGGGGAAAUUGCACUAAAGCAGAACCUGUUCAUUUGUGACCCAGGUUGGAAGGAAGCAGCUUUGAACUCUGGCCGUCCUGGAGUUGACCUGGGUCUACGGCAGGUUGGGAACUUAAUAGAUGAACCCAUCCUUCCAGAUUUUAAUCUAAACUCUGCCCGUGGCUCUCUCCCUCACUAGACAGUGAGGGUUAAAGAACCGGCAGCCUGGAAAAUCCCACUGCCCAAGCUCGCAGCACCCCG